AUUUAAUCACAGUAAUUUCCACGUUAAAAUACUGUCAAGUGCUCAGUGUUUAUUUGCAUUCUGUCCAUUGGUUUGUGGUAGGGGUCUUAAUGGUGAAAGAAAGCUAAGGGUUAGGGUUCUGUGUGUAAAACACAAAACCCUUCUUAAAAUCAUCUUAGUGUCACAGCUUUCACUAAUAGUUGGCAGGAAUAAUUAUAUGGCCAUGACCUAAGCGAGCUUGUUUACGGAUAUUGUUUAAAAUACCCAGAGGAUAAGUACGGCGGGGGUUAAUACACAAAGGUUAAAGGCCAAAGGGUUAGGGAAGGUAUCGGGGUGAAGACAACUACUCAUUCUGACAUGAGAUGAGAACCCUUAUCAAAAGGCUUUUAGAGUUAAUUCAAAGUUUUCUUGGACGUUUUUCAUCGCUUUCUUUAGAAUUGUUUUUCCACUCUGUGGUUUUAGAUGCAGGUGCUACACCCAAGGUCUAACUUAAUCUGUGACAUCACCGCUGUCGGUGACACAUUGAGGAUUUGUGGAGUGUAAGAUUAGAGCUCUCCGUCGGCAUAAAUCUCUGCUUCCCUAAUAAGCCGUGUGGUGGCAGCUGGGGCAGUUGCUAGGUGUAGGCUGUGGUCUGUGGACACGCCGGAUAAAACCAUUUGUGCGUUUACGGUUAUUCUUAGGGCUUGAUGCUCUUUCUUAGACCUGAUUUUUAUUUUUUAUUUUUUUUAGAACCUGCUAAAUUCAGCAUUUUGCCUGAAGAUGGUCUAGUACUGAAACAUUGCCUACUAUUAAACUUGAUAUCUUUUUUGACAGUUAGACACUGUGCAGGACUUUCUUUGCAACUUUAGAACCUGCUAAAAAGAACGGCUAGUUCUAGGAGGUGACCCCAGAACUUUUUUAUGGUGCUCUGCUGUGGCGCUCCAUGAUGAACUACUGCAUACCAGACAUGUAUGAGAUGCCUCACUCUGGGCUGGGAGGCUACUCGGCGCAGGGCGGUGGGGAACACUGCAUGUACGCAGCGGGCAAGGGACUAACCGGGUACGGACCCGGGUACGGACACUGUGAACCCCAGCCACUGCACCAUCCGCCCUGCAUGGAGCAGGCUUGGCCACCCAGCCAGCACUACUCUUGCUCGUACGCUGGUGGCCCGCCUGUGUUUAAGAGCGAGUAUAGCAGCAUAGAGAUCCCUCUCAGCCAUUACCACCAUCAGCCUGAAUAUUUCCCUGAGAUCAAAUCUGACUUCUCACACCUGCAGUGGAUGCAGGGGGCGCACCAGAAAGGGUACAUUCCAAGUUACCUGGACAAGGAUGAGCUAUGUGUAGUGUGCGGGGACAAAGCCACAGGCUAUCACUAUCGCUGCAUUACCUGUGAAGGUUGCAAGGGUUUCUUCAGGCGGACGAUUCAGAAGAAUCUCAACCCAACCUACGCUUGUAAGUACGAGGGGAAAUGUGUCAUCGACAAAGUGACCAGAAACCAGUGCCAGGAAUGCCGCUUCAAGAAGUGCAUUGCGGUGGGCAUGGCGACCGACUUGGUGCUGGACGACAGCAAGAGGCUGGCCAAGCGGAAGCUAAUCGAGGAGAACCGGGAGCGCCGUAGGAAGGAGGAGCUGCAGAAGACGGUGUGGGACCGACAGGAGCCCACCCAGGAGGAGUGGGAGCUGAUCCGUAUGGUGACGGAGGCCCACAUGGCCACCAACGCACAGGGCAACCACUGGAAGCAGAAGCGGAAAUUCCUGGUCGAGGAAGCUAUGCUUCUUAAUGAAAUAACAUGUAAUUUAUUCUAUACUUCUGACCAGAGUGCAGCGGGGGUGAAGGAAACUAAGCCUGAGGAGAAUGGUCAAGCGUCCAUGGUCAAUACACCCGAAGGAAACAAAGUGGAUAUAGAAGCCUUCAGUCAGUUUACAAAAAUUAUCACCCCUGCCAUAACCCGAGUGGUGGACUUUGCCAAAAAACUGCCUAUGUUUUGUGAGCUGCCUUGUGAAGACCAGAUCAUCCUGUUGAAAGGCUGCUGCAUGGAGAUCAUGUCGCUGCGAGCCGCGGUCCGCUACGACCCGGAGAGUGAGACGCUCACGCUCAACGGCGAGAUGGCGGUCACGCGGGAGCAGCUGAAGAACGGCGGCCUGGGCGUGGUCUCGGACGCCAUCUUUGACCUGGGCGUGUCGCUGUCCUCCUUUAACCUGGAUGACUCUGAGGUGGCUCUCCUACAGGCCGUCAUCCUGCUUUCAUCCGAUCGGCCAGGCCUGAGUAGCGUGGAGCGAAUUGAGCGCUGCCAGGAGGAGUUCCUGCUGGCCUUUGAACAUUACAUCAACUACCGCAAACACAAAGUGGCGCAUUUCUGGCCCAAGCUGCUAAUGAAGGUGACGGACCUGCGGAUGAUCGGCGCCUGCCACGCCAGCCGAUUCCUUCACAUGAAAGUGGAGUGUCCCACCGAGCUAUUCCCUCCUCUCUUCCUGGAGGUCUUCGAGGACUGACCAAUGGAUUUUAGUGUGUGUGUGUGUGUGUGUGUGUGUGUGUGUGUGUGUGUGUGUGUGUGUGUGUGUGUGCGCGCGCGCGUGCCUGUGCCUGUGCGUGUGUGUGUGUGCAUACGUCAGCAUCUGGGCACCCUGGUGGUCUCGGGGUGGAACCAGCAAAAGGCCCGUCACAAUGAACUUUCUAUUAGCACUACUGAGUGUCACUUCAUUCCAUAGUUUAGGAGUAGCUCUCUGGUCUAGUUUUUCCGGAAGAUGAUUAGGGCCACAUGAAAAAUUUGAGUUCUGAGUUUAAAUUCAAAAUUCUGAGUUUAAAGUCAGAAUUCAGAUUUAUUUUUCACAUGUAGCCCUAAUCCUCUUCCGUAACUUUUGGAUGGAACCAUCCCUUAACAGUGCGGGUACAUGUGAAUAGCAUUUUGUUCUUUUCUUGGUUUGUUUUGUUGUUUACUGUCGUGGAUAUAACCUCUCACCUCAGAUAUUACUAUAGUUUUUUUUUUUUCUUCCGUUUUUGAUGAUUGUACAGUUGGCAUAAUGAUAAUUUUAUCAACACUUGUUCAAUGAUUGGAAACCAUGCAAAUGUUGUAUUUUCUUCCUUCUACGUUGGAAAACUCAAAACGGGUGCUCUCCUGAUCACAAAAUAAGACAUUGUUAGCGAUGCUUUUGCCUCUCUCCCAACCGCGAGACUUUGUCGGAUCCCAUUUGUUGGUAUAGUAACUGUCAUAUAGUCAGUAAUCCAUCCGGUGAGUGUCUCAAUUGUUCAGUGCCUCACCAUCAUACUGUGAUUCAGUGUUGCCCAUUAACAGCAACACUCACUCUAAUGGACAGCGGCUCACAGGCCUUUGUAAGUCUCUGGGUAGCCACACAUCACAGCGUUAAGUCUAUAAUGCGGCGUUCCAGAGAUGUCGGAAAAAUCUGAAUUUGGCAACUUAAGGCAACUUGAGUAAGAAACCUGGGCAAGAUCGUGCAGCAUACAUUGUUAACACUACCCAACAAUACUGUUUGUAAUCCUUGAAUAACACAAGUUGAUUUUUCUUAGUAAAGUACGAGCAUAAUUCUGCCCAAUACCUGCCUUUGCUGUAGGUAGCUAAACAUGGGAUUUUUGAAUUGUGAAGACUAGCAAACAUUGCUAAAUAUCAUGGACAACUUUAGCUGUUGCUCUAUGCAGCAUAUUAGGGCCAUUACAAAAGAAAAAGAAAAACCAUAGUAUUCAUAAAAGCGUAGGGCAUGAUAUUUUGAGAAAAAGUCCAAUGUCUAUGGAAAUGAGUGAGUUGUAAGUCGCUUUGGACAAAAGCAUUUGCCAAAGGAAUGUAAAGAAUGUUCAUUUGUUUAUUUAAGUCAGAAAUAUGCAAGAAAGAGUUACUGUAUUGAAGUAAACCACAUGGCUUUGCCUUUGACACAAUGUAUGUUCUCAUUUGUAGAAAAUGUCAAACCAAACUCCA